AUGGGGGUCAUAAGCGACGGCCUGGCCGAGGAGGCCUGCGCGGCGGAGAGGGACGUGGCCGCAUCUUCAAGCUCAUCGCCCGAUCUGCAGAGCGGCGACACGCAGGCGUCGUCACUGGAGGAGGGGAGGCUGCAGGGUUUGACAGAAGACCCCAAUUUGUUGAGCGACCUCCUGCGGAAGGCAGAUGGCGACCAUGCAAAGGUACAAAAGUGGCUGCAGGAGUUGGGCGCACAGGGCAAGACAAAUGACAAGACAGGCCUCGAUGUGACAGACGAAGGCAGGAAGAGCACUGUGGCAACCAUAGGCGAUGCAGCAUCCGCGCUAGGGAAUGAAG